GGAAAAUUGGAUAAAUAGGACACUUUGAACUUGGAUUUGUCACAUUAGGAUUUCUAGAAGAUAUUUUAGGAAAAUAGGAUUUUAGAUCUUGUAAAAUACCAAAGUACCCUUAAUUUACCAAUUAUGUUGAAUUUAAAUUAUAAAUUAUAAUAAUUUUCGUAAUAGAUUUUAAUGUUAAAAUUAAAAUCUAUAAAAAUUAAAAAAUAAAAAAAACACUAAAUGGGAAAAAAGGAGACGCGGGAUGCCGCAAACCUAAUUCCCCUUUCUCUUUGUCUUCUCCGUCGUAGACUCGUCGCUCUCCCACGGCGAUUUAGGGUUCAACGGUGAGAAGCUCUGUUCUUCGUCGGUGUUUCAUCAGCCCGUGGUCUCUACUCUCGUCUCCGUCACCAUCCUUUUCGAUCUCACUGAAGACACAACGGCUGCGAAUCGUUCUUCCUCUUCGUCGGGUCAAAUCGAUUUUCGAAGUGUUCUUCCAUCAAUUUCGCCUCUCAAUCUCACAAUUCUUCACAGAAGCUAUGUCUGAGGAGCUACCGAAGAGGCUUUUUAAGGAGGGCGAGGAGCCCCGAGUUACUCAGAUCAACAACAACUGCAGGAUCGACUACAUAAUCCGAAAGUUCCAAGCGUGGCUGCCAAAGGAGUUGGAUGUCGUGAAGAAAGACCCGGUUUUUCAUCAGAUUUUUAAGCUCCAUGAGAAUGGUCUUGGAUACUCUGCGAGGGUGAUACACAGCUUCUUGUGUAGGGAGCUGGUGACUUUCUUACAGCACGAGCUAUGGUUUGUCUUUGCGAGGAGACCGCUUCGAUUCUCAUUGCAAGAGUUCCACGCCGUAACCGGGUUUGAAUGCGAUACUCACAUUUCGAUUGAGGAGUUUGAAGAGUGGAAAUAUGAUGGUGGUUUCUGGAGCAAGGUUUUGAGGAGAAAAGAUGGAACAAUUACACUCUUCAACCUGUGGACUAAGGACAAGGAAGCUGUAAAGAAAUGGAAGAAUGCAGAUCGCAUACGUCUUAUCUACUUGGCGAUCAUUCUUUGUGUGGUAUUGGCGAGAGAUGAGAAGGCUAAUAUCCCCCUGAAGUACAUCGCGGUGGUCAUGGAUCUUGACAGAGUUCGAAGGUAUCCUUGGGGAGUUGCUGCUUAUGACCUUCUCUGCAAAUCCAUAGCCAAAAAUCGUUCCCAACUGAAGGAAAAGACCACUAGCUAUGUCUUGGAUGGCUUCUCAUACGCCUUGCAGAUUUGGGCAAUGGAAGCGGUGCCAAAAAUCGGGAAGCUUUGUGGAAAAAAGCUGGAUAAGGGUUUCAAGGACGGUCCUAGAUGCAUAAACUGGAUGGGAGCUGCGAAGGUGUCAUAUGAGGAGAUCAUUCGCUUGGAGGAGAUUAUUACACCCAAGGAUGACAUCUACCCAUACAUCUCAUGGACAGGAAAUUAUGAUGUUGUCAAAGCUCAGGCGUUUCGCAGAGAUGAUGAUGUGGAGGAUGACAGAAUCAAGGUUCUGAUGGAGAUGAUAAAGAAGGGGCAUGAUUUUAGUGAGCAUGUUUGGGAAACUGAAGAAAAUGAAGUGAUUUCUUUAUCUCUCGAUGACGAAUCAGCUGUGAAUGAUGAAGCAAGCGUGAAUGUUGAAGCAGCCGAGAGUGAUGACGACUUUCAGACUCCGAAAGGAUCAAAAAACGUUGGUUCUAGAUCAAAGAGGGGUAAAAAGAGGCUUCCCGAUCGUGGUAUGGAGAAGAGAAAGCAUAAGGUUCUCGCAAGUGGCGCAAAGCAAGCUCCUUUUAAUGAAGACAUGAAGGCUUUUAUGACACAGUUGUUUGAGCACAACUUCUCUGGAAUGGAACAAAGGAUACAGAAACAGAUGGCCGAGACAUUUGAGCAGAUGCGGACAGAGCUUAAACAAUCACGUAAGGAAGCCAGCGUUGAAGUUGAGCUUGGAGAGCCUUCACCGACAAAGCCAUCGACGAGCCAGGCACCGUUGAGGAGGUCCACACGCGGGGUAAACAAGCAAAGGAAUAACCGGAUAUUCUCUAGGUAUUCUAAGAACUGA